AUGGACCCAGCCUUCCGCAAGAUACACAGAGACAUCAUCCGUCUGCAUGAGGAAGAAGAGAAGAUCAAGUCCCUCUCUGCUGCUAGAGAGCUGGGCAUCAAGAUUCGCCGCAUCGAUCGGACCUUCCCAUCGUCGUCGUCACUUGUAAACUUCAAGCCAACCUUCUUCAUCCCGCCCAAGGGAGACAAGCCGAGCACGUACCAUCGAUGUGCCAAGUGUGCAUCUUGUGCGGCACCUUCUUCUCCAUCUUCUUCUUUGUCUACCUUACCCAACCGCCUGUCCUUGUCUCGUUCGUUCUCUGCCUGGUCGUCCUCGAGACGCUUCUCAUCAUCCUCUACCCGCUCAUCUCCCGCCUGUGAAGCAGAAGCAGAAGCAGAGCAAGAAACCCCGGAAAUAGAAGAACAAGAGCCACUAGACUGUGAGCAUGGCGAAACAUACCCCUACAUGAUCCGGAGUCUGGCCGAGAUGCAGGGGAUUGAGCCACCGGCUCUCCCCAAGGCAGCUCGGCAGCCAAUCCUAACAGCAAACGGCCCAGUAAUGAAAGGCAAACUCCCACAGGACGAGACCGUCGAACUCCACGAAGACGACGAGUGGAAAGUCACCCAAGUCCUCGAAGACACCACCUAUAACAACCCGCACGCCAUCGUCGAGAUCGUCGUGAGAGCACACGGAUAUACAGAUGGGUCCUUCCUAACCGCGAAUGAAGUAAAGGCCAUCGUGCGCGUAAUAAAGCUUCGCAUGGACAUGAGACAGUACCGCCACCAUGGAUGCUGCCCUCCGGUUCUUGCACUGUCAUAUGUUGCAACUAGGUCUGGAAACGAUACCGAAUAUCGCUCGGGAAGAGUCCUGCAGGCAUACCACGACGGACGGCAGCUGGUGAUUCAGUAUUCGGAACGGUUCGAUCUUUCCAACGCCCAGCGGGCUGCUGUGUCACUCGAGAAAUUUCUUCGUUAUUAUUUCUGUGAGCCGGUGAAGACGGGCGCCCUUUCCGAGAAAAAGGACGAAGAAUUGUGGAAAGUGUUACAGAGCUGGAGUGCCAUAAAGAAGCGCUAUCACAUGGACUCGAAGAAGAACAACAAGAAUGAAAAGGACGAGAGUGAGAACGACGGAGCGGAUAGCGAGACCAAAGAUCGCCGCCACUGGUUUAAUAAGUUGUUGACAUUUGCGUAG